CUUAAGUCUUUUUUGGCCGUUGUCACAACCGACCUCGCUCCCCAAUCGUCCUUCACAUUUUGAAGACAGGCACAUCAUAAUUUACCUUCAAAGAACACUCAUUUCAAAUCGAUCAAAACAAAACUCUCUUCUUCCAACAACAAAAUGACGAAAGAUGCUCAAAUCAACCUAAAGGGCAGUGUUGCCAUCGUCUCAGACUUUUUCUUUACAGCAAUCAACUCGAUUUUGUACCAACGCGGCAUCUACAUGCCGGAAACUUUCAAGCGAGAAACCAAGUAUGGGCUCACUGUGCUGACCACAACAGACCAAGGUUUGUUGAAGUACCUCGAUCAAAUCGUCAAGCAGGUCGAGGAAUGGCUCCUCUACGGUGACGUACAGCGGUUGGUUGUGGUGGUUUCCGGCGCCGACUCUGGAGAGACCCUUGAGCGCUGGCAAUUCAAUGUCACUAUUGAAGAUGGCGCUGCGUCUGGCGAAAACAAAAACCCAAACAAUUCGACCGUUACGAGCAACAAGUCCGUCAAGGAGAUUCACAAUGAGAUCCAAGCAAUCAUUCGACAAAUCACCGCCAGUGUCACAUUCUUGCCUCUUUUGAAUGAGCCUUGCACUUUUGAUCUUCUCGUAUACACCAGCAAAGAUGCCGUUGUCCCAACCAAGUGGGAGGAUUCUGAUCCAUGCUACAUUAUGAAUAGCCAGGAAGUCAAGCUCCGAAGUUUCACCACCAAGAUUCAUAAAAUUGAUUCUUUGGUUGCAUACAAAGAGGCUGAUGAAUGGGAUCUCUAAGUGGAUCGCUCGAAUGAACAGGCUUGCAUGGAUCUGAUGCAGUCUAUUAUGUAGUAACUGAGGAUAGCCAACAGUAGUCUUGCAGCCAUUUGGAUGAGACAAUGAAAACAUCCUGUCAAAACAAUCAAUAACGAGGGAAGCACCCAUGUGUCGAGUGAAUGCCAGAGUCAGUCGCAUCUUUAAUCCACAAUCCACGGCACAAAAGAAAGAUAGAACAUAGUAACAAUCAACUAGCCAUAGUACAGUAUAGCAGCUACCGGAGAGACCGGAGAGAACUACGAGAUGACUCGAUUAGAAUAUACAGGUACCCGUCAACAGUAAACCAUGGUCUUGGUCGUGAUAAUUCCACCAUUUCAGUGGUACCGGUACCAAUAUGUGUACCCACCAUUUCAGUGGUACAGUCGUACCGGUAGCAGUACCGAAAGAUGUACCCGUACCGGUACAAGUGUACCCGUACAAGCGUACGGUACGCUGUACCUGGUACCGUCUCUCUAGUUGCACCUUCUUAGAUACUUCUUGAUGUAUGCUUCAGUGGGCGGCUUCUUCGGCUGAAACUAACAGCGCACCUGUACGAUGUAUCAUACGCUUACCGUAUGCAGCAACGUUGAUGACUUGCUGGCAUA